AUGGCCGGCGUAUGCGAAGAGGAGGGACUUUCAGCUGCUGACGACCUGCCUGCCUGUCAGUCAUGUCGACGGAGGAAGCUCAAAUGUUCGAGACAAACUCCAUCCUGUGCACAAUGCGAGAGACUGGCAUUCGAAUGUGUCUAUGUGAGCAAACAAAAGCCCGGAGUCAAAACCGGUGCCGUCGACAGCCUCGGUCGGAGACUAGACGUGCUUGAACGAAUUCUCCUAGACGAAACUGGCAGGCGUAAAGCGCAACUCGCCUUCCUGGACCUCGACCCGGAACACGUCGAUGAGAACCAAUUUACAAGUCUCCAGAGCCAGACCUCCGACAAAGAAGCCCGAGUGGUCGAAUCGGCAGUAUCACCACGUCAUGCUAGCCAGAGCAACCACAAGAGGAGAAGAACCAAUUCUGUUAAUCCAAAUCUAUGUGAGGAUGAUGAAAUACCUCCCCUACCUCCUUUACCCCUUUUGGACGCCAUCGUCAACGCCCACUUUCUUACGGUCCAUCACUGGAUUCCCAUUCUUCAUCAACGUCGGUUCAGAGCUAGGCUCCAGGAUCCCCAGGAAAGAAGUCGGUUGUCAGUACUUCUCCACUCGCUUGUUGCUGCCGCAAUAAAGUACGUGGAAUUAGAUAAAUGCGGGCUUAGCCAUGAAGAUGUUGAGAGCCAGAUCAGGGUAUCCAGAAGGACUGUAUUACUCCAUGCCAUGCAGUCCCUGUCGGUCGAGAGUAUGCAGGCUCUUGUUGUUCUCGCUUUCGACUACAUGGGAUGCGGAAAUCCUUCCAAGGCGUGGCCAAUCAUUGGCUCCCUUACGAGAACGGUCGAGUAUCUUCAAUUAAUUGUCGAACCGGCGGACCUACCUUUGCAAAAGCAACCGCUUCUUCGCCCCCUUAUGCUUUUGCCAUUGCCGCGCGAUUGGACGGAAUCGGAAGAGCAGAGGAGGCUUUUUUGGAAUGUUUUUCUCCUUGACAGGUUAGACAAUCUUAAGACAUGCAACGAAGAAUUCAUGAUUGACCCCAUCAUUGCAGAGUUUGCUCAGUCACUUCCGGGUAGCUGGCACACAUGCCUGACAUCGAACCAUGUCCAACGUCGACUUCCAUGUUGUGGAGCACCAUGGGCACGCGAGGAAGCGGUUUUGACUCCCUUCUUCGGUAUAUGGAAUAAUUCCACGGCCAAUAUUGGCCGGUCUAUAGCCAAUAUCCCAGCGCUGUACGAGUCCUCUUCUAACAGUAACUACAGCCCUGGCAGUGCCGCCGGUGGAGGUAGCGGAGGUGAUCAGCUGGACACUUCGAAUCUGGGGGCAUUUGCAUAUUGCAUCGAGGCCACCGAAAACCUCAGCCAAGUUACGUCCUUCUUUCUGCAGCAGAGUAUUGACUUUGGAGACACUCAACAGGUCAAGAACUGGCUGAUGAGGUUCAAAGAGCUAGAUCUGCGGCUCGUCCAUUGGAAGAUGUUUCUUCCCCAUCAAUGGAAUGACUCUGAUGUCUCCCGUGACAUAUCAGUCGUUAAGAUGGACCCUAAUUUAACACUUGCGCACUUGACACACAAUGCCGCCAUGAUUCUGCUGCAUCAGCAUGUUGCCUACCCUCCUACGACCUGGUGUGGCGUGAUCAAGCUGCCCAGCGCCUGUAGCGCCGAGACUUGCCAGCUUGCUGCUGUCGAGAUUGCUUCCAUAACUGAUAAAUACUUGUGCUUCAUGGGAGGCAUCGUCAAUAACCAGUUUGCCUUUUGCGCUUUUGUCGCAGCCCGCGUACUUUUAGCGCAUUGGCUCUCUGCUCAGGAGACGGGGGAUCCUCUGGCGUACGAGUUCUUUAGCCUCAUAGAUAGCCUAAGAAAUAUGUCGCGCCGAUGGAUGGGAUUUUACAGUCGAGAAGGGACGAAUAUGGGUGAUGGCGAUGGCAACAACGUGGGCCCUAGUGGGUCAGAUAUGAUGGCCAAAUAUGCCACACAGCUCCAACUCAUGCACUCCCAAUAUGCAGCUGGCCUUGGUGCACACAGCUCGGUCGGUGACAUGCUAUCAGACUCAAGUCUGGAUGGCCUUCUGAAUAAGCAGCAGAACAUGGCAAACGAUGAACCAUCCCGUCCAGAUAUAACUUUUCCGUCAAUGUCGGAUGUAGAUCCGGGAGCCAUGAUACCAGGUUCCUCGAGUUUCACACCUUACAUCCAUCCAACGGGCUCUCUACUAAAGCCACCGGCCCAUCAGCAUCCACCAUCUACAUAUGACUCCCAACACACGUUAAUUCGCUCGGGUGAUGUCAGGUCACGGCAGCAAUCGCGUAACACACAGCGGCGAACGCACUAUGGUACGAACACGGCAAUGACAGGAGCUCCAAGUACAAUGAUGACAAGCUCACCUUCGACGGCAGCCGUGGCGGGGCUUAUGGAGUUGGGUAUGGAUAGCAACAGGAGUAAUAGGAAUAGCGCUGCAGGCGAGGAUGACGAGCUGACAGCCAUGUCACAUAUGCUGUUGGGUCAGCAAUUUCUCGAGUUAGACCGUGUUAUCACUUUGAAUGGGACGGACUUUUUCGGGUCCUAUACAUCUGGUGAUAGUGGUGGGGUUUUGUCUUAUGGUCUUGAUAAAUAG